AAACCUCUCCUUGUCCUCUUUUGCAGGUUUUCUCCAAGAUUUUCAGCCACGAGGCUCUGGAGAGCUACCUCCCCAAGAUCCAGCUGGUGAUCAAGGACACGCUGCGGGCCUGGAGCAGCACCCCCGAGUCCAUCAACGUGUACCACGAGGCGCAGAAGCUGACGUUCCGCAUGGCCAUCCGCGUCCUGCUGGGCUUCCGCAUCCCCGACGAGGAGCUCGGCCGCCUCUUCGAGGUCUACCAGCAGUUCGUGGAGAACGUCUUCUCCUUGCCCGUGGAUCUGCCCUUCAGCGGCUACAGGAGGGGAAUCCGGGCCCGUGAGACGCUGCAAAAAGGGCUGGAAAAAGCCAUCCAAGAGAAGCUGCAGAACACRCAGGGCAAGGACUAUGCUGACGCCCUGGACAUCCUGAUCGAGAGCGGCAAGGAGCACGGCAAGGAGCUGACCAUGCAGGAGCUGAAGGAUGGCACCCUGGAGCUCAUCUUCGCCGCCUACGCCACCACGGCCAGCGCCAGCACCUCGCUGAUCAUGCAGCUGCUCAAACACCCGCGGGUGCUGGAGAAGCUGCGGGAGGAGCUGCGGAGCAAAGGGAUCCUCCACAACGGCUGCAUCUGCGAGGGCUCCCUGCGCCUGGACAACAUCAACGGCCUCCAGUACCUGGACUGCGUCAUCAAGGAGGUGCUGCGGCUCUUCACGCCCAUCUCCGGCGGUUACCGCACCGUGCUGCAGACCUUCGAGCUGGACGGCUUCCAAAUCCCUAAAGGCUGGAGCGUCAUGUACAGCAUCCGCGACACCCACGACACCGCGCCCGUCUUCAAGGACGUGGACGUCUUUGACCCCGACCGCUUCGGGCAGGGCCGCAGCGAGGACAAGGACGGCAGGUUCCACUACCUCCCCUUCGGCGGCGGCGUUCGGACCUGUCUGGGCAAGCACCUGGCCAAGCUCUUCCUCAAAGCCCUGGCCAUCGAGCUGGCCAGCACCAGCCGCUUCGAGCUGGCCACCAGGACUUUCCCCAGGAUCACCCUGGUGCCCGUGGUCCACCCGGUUGACGGACUCAAGGUCAAGUUCUUCGGACUGGAUUCCAACCAGAACGAGAUCCUGACRGGCACAGACGCCAUGCUGGGGGCCACCGUGUAAAGCCCGCGCCGGUGGCACCAGGGACGGGCGGCCCGGGGGACGCGGGGGUGGGGUGGGGGCGAGGGGAUGGACAGGAGGGGAGGACGGAGGGACGAGGAGCUUCUCCACGGGGCGCUCACCUCCGCGUCGGGACUGCUUUUCCACCGGGGAAGCUGCCGGGAGCGUUUUGCUCUUCCCGCGGGGCGCGGAGAAAGCCGUGGCAGCGGCGGCGGCGCCUUGAUUUUUGUCGGGAAGGAGGAGGAUCCGCAAAAGCCGAGUCGAGCUGGGAUGGCCGACCGUUACACAGUAUCUAAAUAUUAUAAAUAUAUAUAUAUAAAUAUCUAUAAAACACUUCUGCUGCCAGGAGGAGAAGGCCCGACUGCGGGAAAGGCUUUGGAAUCAGCCGAGGAUCUGAGGUCCGGUGGCCCGGGGCAGCUCUGGGGUGACCUCUGACCCUUUUUUUUAACAGUGUUAAAUUAGCUGGUGAUAACAGUGUUUUUAUGUUUUUUGAGGGGUUUUUUUUU